CUUGUUGCUGCAAGUCCCUGAGCCAUGCUCGCAGUGGCUCCCCAACCAUGCUCUCCGACCCCCAGUUGUUCAUCUGGCUGCAAAGGUCAACCAGGUGAGCGGAGACCUUCAAAGCCAAGCUCUUGGCAGAGGUCAGCUUUCUCCGCUGUGCUACUUGGAGCGCUUCCAAGGCGUCCACGGCGAUCUUUUCGCACCUUGCGGCACUACGCGCAAUCUGAGUUGGUAGAGAAGGAGAUCCGCGCAGCCAUGCAGCUGGAGCCGUCACGGCUGCAGGUGCAGUCUGAGGAUGCUGCUGAAAGCAGGGAUCUUCGAGGACAAUGGCUGCCACUCUUUCGGGGCUCGGCUCCAUACGUGGCUAUGUUUCGCAACAGCAUCAUGGUGUUCCACAUUCCUGGGCACCUGCUUGCAGACCCUCAGUCUUCAGAGCUGGAAGGAUUGCUGGGUGACAUUGCACUUUGUGCUUUGCUGGGUGUCCGACCCGUUCUGGUGCCGUCUUUGUCGCAGCGCAUCCGAGCCAGACUGGCGGCGGAGUGCGGACAGGAGGUGGACAGCAUGUCGGAUAACCUGGAGGCAAUUUGCACAGCUGCCUUCAAAAACAGAGAAGCAGUGAUGCGCUUCAUGAAGCAAGAAGCUGGUAUGCUUUGCGCAGAGGUUCAGGAUUUGUUCCUCCGCGUUGCAGCAAAGCCCACCGGAAACUUUGACAAGGGCAAGAGUCUCUCGGUCUUUGCAAGUUCGCAACUUGUGAGCACGGCUCCACAGAGGGCCAGUUCUGGUUGGCAACGCAGCCCAAUACUGGGGCGCGUGACAGAGAUAGAUGCUGUUCAGAUCGAUCGGCGGCUACGGGAGGAACAAGUGGUGUGCGUUCUACCCGUGGCUGCUGGAUCACUUCGAGGUGACGGCAGCUUGCGCUACGUUCCCUCUGAGAAGCUUGCGGCGCAGAUCGCCGAAGAGCUGAAAGCGACAAAGCUCAUUUUCUUCACGAGAGGCCAGAGGAUUGUGGACACGGUCAGGGGCAAUGCCAUCCCGACCAUGCAACUUGGAGAAGCCAGCAAGCUGCUGGACUAUGCGAAGGACAAUGAAGCCUUCAUGGAGCAGGAAGAGUCAAGGGAGAUCAUUCGGUACUUGGAGCUGCUGCUCCAAGCAUUGCGAAGUGGCACCCGCCGGGGUCAUUUGAUUGACCCAAAGCGCGGUGCCCUUCUGCAGGAGUUGUACACAACAGACGGAAGCGGCACCAUGAUUUCGUUGGAUCUUUACGACGGGAUCAGGUUGGCCCGCUCCGGCGGGGAUGUGACAGGGAUCUUGGAGCUCAUCGAGCCAUUGGUGAAGCGUGGUUUGCUCAAGCGCCGCGGUGCCUACGAGGUUGAACGAGCUUGCAACAACCAGGAGAUGUUUGUUUGGAAGCGCGACGAUGAGUUUAUUGGCUGUGCUAGCCUGUCGCGCUUUGCAGACGCACCUGGCAAAGCAGAGUUGGGUUGCUUCGUCAUCUCUCCGGUUUGUCGGGGCAAAGGCCAUGGUGCAGUGCUCUUAUCCUACAUGGAGAGAGUCGCCACGUUGCUGGGAGUGAGCCAGCUUUUCCUGCUGACUACGCAAACCAUGCAAUGGUUUGUGGAGCGCGGCUUCCGAAGCGCAACAUUGGAUGAUCUUCCACCAGGCAAGCGCGAGGGCUACGACCUCGGCCGGUCCUCCAAGGUGUUCAUCAAGGACGUGUCAGAGUUGCCGAGUGAGCUGCAGCAGCGGUUCACCUUCAUUGAGGUAGAUACGCUGGAUUGAUUUUCACCACAUUGAUUGAGUGGUUGUGCGGUG